CUGGAAGUUGCAGUCUUGCCCGACAAAAGGGUACGGUAUACCAGGUUGUCUAUAUUGGAUUUGGAGACUACCGUUUAUAAAAGAUUGUACCAGAAGUUGUAAGGAUGUUCGGUUGGUUUAAAGGCGAGGAAAAGCCUCCUAUUGAUCCAAAGCAAUUCCAUAUUCCUGAGUUCUACAGAGGUACAAAUGGCCCUCUUAUCAAAGUGCUUGAAACCCAUGAUGACUACGAAGUGCGGCUGUACGAGAAAACACAAUGGGUGUCUUCUAAGUCACCGCCUGGGGAAUUCAUGGGCGCAUUUUGGAGACUAUACAGCUACAUCGGUGGUAAAAAUGACCAGGGAAAGAAGAUGGAUAUGAAUAUGCCAGUUCGUAUGUAUAUCAAGUUAAGCGAAGAAGACGAAGAUGGGUCAAAGGUCGAUGACUUUGUGGUAUCUUUCUUCUUGUCCUCUUCACUGUUACCUGAACUCCCAAAACCGACUGAUGAGCAAGUCUUCCUAGAGCAAGAAGAACGCCGUGUUACUUACGUUGCAAAUUUCAGUGGCAUGGCGACGGGAAAAGAUUGGAAAGACAGUAGAAAACGCUUGAUGGCUGCGCUGGAUCGAGAUGGUAAGAGGUACGUUGCGAAAGAGUACUUUUCUGCUGGAUAUGAUCCGCCGUAUAAACUCUGGAAUCGCAGAAAUGAAAUGAUCUUGAUUGCUGACCCACAGCCUGAAUUAGACGAAGAUGAGUCUACUGAUAAUCGUGACAUGUUUGAGUUGUCACGUAAUACUGGUGACUGUUCAGUUUAUCGAGUCUUCGACGUGCAAACCAAUCACUUACGUUUUAAAGCGUAUUUUGUGCAAAAAAUGUUUAGCUGGUUUAAGGGAGAAGAAAAACCAAAGAAGGACACUUCAGAAUUUCAUUACCCAGAUUUCUAUAAUGGAAGUAUCGGUCCAAGAUUCAAACUUCUUGAUAGUGAUGAAGACUAUGAGACGCGAAUCUACGAGUCUACGAAGUGGGUCUCCACUGAUAUGGAGACGUCAGACUAUGGGGAUGCUAUGAGUAAAGGAUUUUGGAAGCUUUUUGGUUAUAUUGGAGGUAAAAACGAGACAAAAAGUAAAGUUGCAAUGACGAUCCCAGUCCGCGGCACUGUUACACAACAUGAAGGAGAAACAAAGUCAGUCGUUACAUCAUUCUUUGUUGACCAAAGCAAAGAUUGUCCGGCUCCCACUGAAGAGACUGUCUUCGUCAAAGAAGAGAGUGAAGAGGUCAAAGUGUAUGUUCGCAAUUUUGGAGGUUUUGCCAAAGAUCAUUCUUAUAAAGAAAACUUACAAGCUCUCAAGGAUUCACUUGAUCGUGACGGAAAGUGUUACGUAACAGGGGUAUACUUCACUGCUGGUUACGACCCACCUUUCAAACUGUGGGGCAGAAGAAAUGAAGUUUAUGUGCAAGCAGCUUCCGAAAACACUGACUAAACAUUAUAAUUUUAGGAGCAUUACAUCUUUUGUACAAGGAAUGGCUUGUCCAUCUGGUUCUGACAAAUUUAUCCAUGUAUAUGAUAAGAUAACGGAAAAUUACACUUUUAUAUAUAAGUUACUCCUUUUUUAUAUAGUUGACAAAACCUUUUUUUCUGCUUUGCAAUAAUUGCUGACUUUUUUCACACAAUUUUCUUUAAUUGUACAGGCAAAAUCAAACAUGUUUCUUCAUUCAUAAUUAUAAACUAUACCUUUUUUUCAUUUCACUCAUAUUU